GUUUUUAUUUCAAAAUGAAUUUUUUUGCAUUCACGUGAAUGUUUUUCUCAUAGACAACUCUUCUCUUUUUAGCCUCUCCUUUUAUAUAUAUAUAAGAACCCUACCACCCUCUCUCUCUCUCUCUCUCUCUCUCUCUCUCUCUCUCUCUUACCCUAUCUCUUUGUACUGUCCACUGUUCUUUCUGUGUGUGUUAUUAUAAACUGAUCAGUGAUCCAUCAAUAUCCAUGACUCCUGUUUCACUGAAUCCACCAGGUCCUAAUUCCUUACUACAAGGUCAAAACCAAUUCAUCAAUUUUUCUCCUAUUAAUCAGGACCCUCCAACCUUGUUUAAUUUGCUUGGAGGAGACUAUACUGAUCAAGAUCAUGAUCAUCAUCAGGAUCAUGGUAAGCUGAUAUUUGAACAAGAUGGAUCAUCAUCAAACAAUCAUGAACAAGUCUAUAAUAAUUCAUCAAGUGAUCCAAGCAGUGCACGUGACACAAAUUUAUCAUCUUCCUUAGAAGAAGAAAGUGGUCACGGGUCAGAAAAAUGGAUGUCUUCAAAGAUGAGGUUGAUGAAAAAAAUGAUCAACACAACAACUGCUACUACUGAUGAUGCUACCAAAACUCCAAUCAUGAGAUCAAGUAAUAACAGUGCUGCUGACAAACAAAUUACCACAACUCCAAUGAUGAAUCCAAGCAAUUAUCUAAGGCAAAGAAGCCCUCAUAGUAAUAACAGCGGCGGUAACAACAUUAUUAGGGUUUGCUCAGAUUGUAACACAACUACUACCCCACUUUGGAGAAGUGGCCCUAUGGGCCCUAAGUCGCUUUGCAAUGCUUGUGGAAUUAGACAAAGGAAGGCAAGAAGGGCAAUGGCAGAAGCUGCAAAUGGUUUGGCCACUCCAACAAAGACUAACAAGGAAAAGAAGCCUCGUGUGAACAAUUCUACACAAUUCAAGAAAAAGAGCAAUUCUAUCACUACUACUACUCCAACUACUUCUGCUGGCUCAUCAUCUCAAGAUGUGAAGAAGCUUGAAUCUUAUGCAUUAAAUUUGAGAAACAACUCGGAUUUUGAAGAUAUGUUUCCUUCUGAUGAAGCAACUGAGGCGGCUUUACUUCUUAUGCGCAUAUCUUCUGGCAAACUUUUCAAUCUUAAUUAGAUGGCGGAUUUGGAUUCUCUCGUGUUUGGAAUUUUUUAGUGAGGGAUUCAUACUUUUGACAUUUGGCCUUUUUUUCUUUCUUUUAUAUCAAAAAUAAUUGGUGACUAUUUUGUUUGGUAUUGUUAGUUUUGAAAUCAAGCAUGUACAUGUAGCAAAACCAAAAUAAGGUUUGUUGCAUUACAUAUGCAUUUAUUGUGGUGGAUUUAAAAGAGAAAUUUUGUGUGAACUUUCAUUUA